CCGAGUCACGCGCCCCGGGGUUCGGCGCCGGGGCUGCCGGAGCUGAGGGGUCUGCGGAAUAUAUCAGGUCUUGGGGUAUGACGGACAUUGCCAUGGUUGACUCAUGUGUACAGACUUGGCAUUCUCUGUGUUUCUGCUAAGUAUAAGGCUUCUGCCGAUCUCUAAGGCACCAUGAAUGCCAUCGUUGCCCUCUGUCACUUCUGUGAGCUCCAUGGCCCCCGCACUCUCUUUUGCACGGAAGUUCUACACGCCCCUCUACCCCAGGGGGCCACGAAUGGGGACAGCCCAGGCCCAGGGGAACAAGCCGAGGAGGAAGAGGGCGGCAUCCAGAUGAGCAGCCGGGUCCGUGCCCACAGCCCAGCUGAGGGGGCCAGCGCGGAGUCCAGCAGCCCAGGGCCCAAAAAGUCAGACAUGUGUGAGGGUUGCCGGUCACUUGCUGCUGGGCACCCAGGCUAUAUCAGCCAUGAUAAAGAGACCUCCAUUAAGUACGUUAGUCACCAACACCCAAACCACCCCCAGCUCUUCAGCAUUGUCCGCCAGGCCUGUGUGCGGAGCCUGAGCUGCGAGGUGUGCCCUGGCCGAGAAGGUCCCAUUUUCUUUGGGGACGAGCAGCAUGGUUUUGUGUUCAGCCACACCUUCUUCAUUAAGGACAGCCUGGCCAGGGGCUUCCAGCGCUGGUACAGCAUCAUCGCCAUCAUGAUGGACCGGAUUUACCUCAUCAACUCCUGGCCCUUCCUGCUGGGGAAGAUCCGUGGGAUCAUAGAUGAGCUCCARGGCAAGGCUCUCAAGGUGUUUGAGGCGGAGCAGUUUGGAUGCCCGCAGCGAGCCCAGAGGAUGAAUACAGCAUUCACACCCUUCCUGCACCAGCGGAACGGCAAUGCUGCCCGCUCGCUGACUUCCUUGACCAGCGAUGACAACCUGUGGGCCUGUCUUCACACGUCCUUUGCCUGGCUCCUGAAGGCAUGUGGCAGCCGGCUGACGGAGAAGCUCCUGGAGGGUGCACCAACAGAGGACACCUUGGUUCAAAUGGAGAAGCUUGCUGACUUAGAAGAGGAGUCGGAAGGCUGGGACAACUCUGGGGCCGAGAAGGAGGAGAAAGGCCCUGUGCUGCCAGAGGGCGCCGAKGGCCGGGAGCUGGCCAAGUGCCCCACCGGUGCCUCCUCACUCUCAGACUGCGGGAACUGGCAGUCCCGAAAGCUGUCAGUGUUCAAGUCUCUCCGGCACAUGAGACAGGUCCUGGGUGCCCCCUAUUUCCGCAUGUUGGCCUGGCACGUCCUCAUGGGGAACCAGGUGAUCUGGAAAAGCAGAGACGUGGACUUGGUCCAGUCAGCGUUCGAAGUACUUCGGACCAUGCUGCCCGUGGGCUGUGUCCGCAUCAUCCCGUACAGCAGCCAGUACGAGGAAGCCUACCGGUGCAACUUCCUGGGGCUCAGCCCGCAUGUCCAGAUCCCUGCCCAUGUGCUGGCUUCAGAGUUCGCGGUCAUCGUGGAGGUGCACACAGCCACGCGCUCCAUGCUCCACCCAGUAGGGUGUGAGGACGACCAGUCCCUCAGCAAGUACGAGUUCGUGGUGACCAGUGGGAGCCCCGUGGCUGCCGACCGAGUCGGCCCCACCAUCCUGAACAAGAUUGAAGCAGCUCUGACCAACCAGAACCUGUCUGUGGAUGUGGUGGACCAGUGCCUCGUCUGCCUCAAGGAGGAAUGGAUGAACAAAGUUAAGGUCCUCUUUAAAUUCACCAAGGUGGACAGUCGCCCCAAGGAGGACACACAGAAGCUCCUGAGUGUCCUCGGUGCCUCCGAGGAAGACAACGUCAAGCUGCUGAAGUUCUGGAUGACAGGCUUGAGCAAGACGUACAAGUCACACCUCAUGUCCACGGUCCGCAGCCCCACGGCCUCCGAGUCCCGUAACUGACCUCCUGGGAGUGGGUCUCCACGUGCUCCUUCUGGAAGAUGGUGGUGCCUGUGUGUGGACCCACCUCCAGCUCCGAGAGGAGGGCCUGYGCUGAGUGUCCAGAUGCUGUGGUGGAGCCGCGUCCUGGCAGGGCGUGGGGACUGCAGGGCCCUGCCCUCUGUGUGGGCCCCUCCCACAGCCGCCGUCUCCCCUGAAGAAGGCCGUGGAGCCGUGUGGAGCACCGGCCUUCUGUACUGUGCGCCCACAAGGGACGCCGUCAGGAGGACUCGGGCCUCGUGCCUCUGGAUGACGGAGGUCUCAGGCUGCARGAGGAACUUGGUGGGCCAGGCCAGCUCUGGCGAUCAGCUGCCAUCRGUGUCCUCCCUGGGCUCAGCAGCACACCUUUCCAUCUUGACACGCGGCAGCCRUCCCUGGGAACAGUCAGUACUGGCGCCAGUCUGGGUCAGGUUUGAGCCAGGGCCCUGGACGCGCUUUAGGAUGGAGGACGCCUUCYUCGUCUCUGAUCCGCUGGGGUUUGUGUUCUGGGGUUGUCCCUGCUCCUCUACGGGCACAUUCCCCUGCGGCCACCUGUGGGGAUGACUGUCCAGACAUGAGGYUCUGUGAAGUGUCUCAUCGCAGUCGACUGGCCCAGCCCACUGGGACGGUGAGACCCGCCUCGGCUUUAUUCUGUGCCACUUUCCCUUGUCACUGCUUUCAGCUAGUGAAUGUGGCUGCAGGUGACAGUUUCCGGAGUCUGCRGCAGCUUCAUGUCCCACCGUAGCACUUUCAGAGGUAGGUUGGAAGGACUUUACAGCAGUUUUCCUGAUCUGUUUAUAAUGUUUUGUGUUCAUUUAAUUUAUAUUUAACUUGAAGACUUAAGUUUAUUGGACUAGGUCUCUGCAUGAGGCCACAACAUUGAAACACAAUAAAUAAUGUAUUUUUAUAAACUGUUGCCUACAUGGUUUUAUUGGUAAAAUAACAGCUGAUAUUCACUUGUGCUCAGCACAGGCAGUAGUGUAGUGUGUCCCGGAUGAGACCAGAGCUAGGACGCGGGUGGUUAGGCAGCUCUGUGCUGUGACUAUAACUGUUCUCACGGAGACUCAGGUGGCUACAGCAUCACGACGUGGGGUGAUCCUAGGGGACCACCAUUGUAUCUGUUGACCAGCAUUGACUGAAGUGUUGCUGCUUGACAUGUGACCAUGUCACGGCUCAGGUGACACCCACGAGUGGUCAGUGCUUGGGCCUGUGAAGGUCUAAGCUUCAGUGAUCUUGGACAGUCUUCUCAGGUGAGUCUGGAGCUGAUGAGGAGGAAGGUCCUGGAGUGUCUAUGCCGUGUGCACCUAGCAUUUUCUCCAACUUUGGGAGACGGCUCAGCCCCGAGAAUGUUGGCAGGUGUCUCCAUUUGAGAGGAGGCACGGGAUGGAACAGACCUGCCUGACGGCGGCRCCCUGCACACUGAGGUCCACUUGGAGCACCUUGGAGUGGGAGGCCCAUCUGGCCUGGGUGGCUCAAGGUGAUGCAGGGAGAGGUGACUGCCAGCUCUUCUUGCAUCUCUGGGUGUGAAUUUCUCUCUUUUUACGGUGUCCUUGGGAACAGUAACCUUUGUUCAAACAACGUCUGUGCCAGUUUUCUGCCAGUCCCGUGGCUGAGUCCAUCUGGCUCAGUAGGAACUGGACAUAAAUGAGCUCUACAACAGUCUCACAGGAGGGAAGGAGGGGU